AUGAGCGAUCUGCCUAUUAAGAGCGCUGAAGGAGGGAUGCUAGAUCAUAAUGACUUCCAGUAUCUGACCUCUUUCGAUUGGAAAGCUUUGUGUUUCCUAGUGGACGUGGCCGGUACCACUACCGUUGUCGCCAUGCUGAAGGACACGCCUGAGCGGCUACAGCGUGUAGCCUACCAAGAUUUCGUUAACCGCGAACUCGCCGAUUUGCGUCGGAAAGCCUCAGUUUCCUUGGUUGCCACAGGGUCUAACGUCGUCAAACAAAGCCUUUUGUGCGGCAGGGCAAAGCAAAGGAGUGGGCUCUGGGCAGGGUUGUGGCCGAUCCGGGAUGUUUACGGAUAUAAAGGCAUAAAGGACAACAUACGUCUGGCGUUUGAGCCUCCGCAAGAUGAGCACCACCACCGCUCGGCCUUCUUGGUACUGAAGCUAGAUCGCCUGUCAUUGCUGGAUUAUAUCCAGCAAGCACGACAUUUGGCAUCCUGGACGUCACCAAUCCGAUCGAUAUGGUGA